GGUGCUGCAGUACAGCGCCCUUAACCACUGCGCCACCCGGGAGGCACUUCCCUCACUUUCUAUACAGUAGAUCCCUUCUCUAAUGACUUCUGUCCUCCCUCACUUUCUAUACAGUAGAUCCCUUCUCUAAUGACUUCUGUCCUACUUCACAUUCUAUACAGUAGAUCCCUUCUCUAAUGUCUUCUGUCCUCCCUCACUUUCUAUACAGUAGAUCCCUUCUCUAAUGUCUUCUGUCCUACUUCACAUUCUAUACAGUAUAUCCCUUCUCUAAUGUCUUCUGUCCUACUUCACAUUCUAUACAGUAGAUCCCUUCUCUAAUGUCUUCUGUCCUACUUCACAUUCUAUACAGUAGAUCCCUUCUCUAAUGACUUCUGUCCUCCUUCAUUUGGGAUGUACACACUGUCCUAAAAGAGCCUAUGCUUAAAGUGGUUGUCUGGUUGAAGAACUCUCUUUCUUUCUCUCUCUCUCUGUCUCUCUCUCUCAGUGAGAGUACAGAGAGAGAGAGGGGGGAAAGAGAGAGGGGGCGUGCUCUAACAGAAAGAGGGUGUGGGGAGGAGAGCUAAAUAGUUAUUUUCUAACUCCAUGUGGUUCACACUGAGAGGUGUCUCUCUAAGAGAGAGAGAAUAUUGUAUUUAUUUUCUCACCAUUUAUCAUACGGAAUAAAAACCUUGUUAAUCUGGGAUUAUCUUCAAUCUGAAUUCAGUAAAAACAGAUUUAAUCUCAGACUGAUUCUUCUUGUGGGACUAGUUCUAUUAGGAUCCUAUUUGUUGUCUGGUGUGGAUAUAAUACCAGUCUGUCUCUGAGAUGGGGUCCAGAACUCUUCUACUUGUUCUGGGUCUUAAUUUCACUCUUCUGGGGAACCUAGAGGCCAGAGUUUGCGGCCUGGGUUUCAUAGCCAAAGGUAGUCACCAAUGUCAUGAUAUAGAUGAGUGUAAAGAGUUGGACAGUACCCCACCCUGUGGAAGUAAUGCCACAUGUUACAACACACGGGGAAGCUUCUUCUGUCAGUGUCAACCUGGGUUCAGAUCCACAACGCCUGUCAACUCCACUGCUCUCACUGGGGAGUGUAAUGACGUGGAUGAGUGUAAGGAGCAGACUGCUGAUUGCCCCAACAACUCAUCCUGUGUGAACACCCCAGGGUCCUACACCUGCAACUGCCAGUCUGGGUACAAACUAACAGAGAGCAGGUGUGAGGACAUAGAUGAGUGUAAUGUAACUGCUGGUAUCUGUGAAGGGGGAGGGACCUGUCAGAACCAGGAAGGAAGCUACAUUUGCCUCUGUCUCCCUGGAUACAGUAAUCAUGGCAACAAACAGGCUAGGUGCUCAGACAUAGAUGAGUGUAAUGCAACUGCUGGUAUCUGUGGAGGGGGAGGGACCUGUCAGAACCAGCAAGGAAGCUACAGUUGCCUCUGUGUACCUGGAUACAGUAAUCAUGGCAACAAACAGGCUAGGUGCUCAGACAUAGAUGAGUGUAAUGUAACUGCUGGUGUUUGUGGAGAGGGAGGGACCUGUCAGAACCAGGAAGGAAGAUACAGUUGCCUCUGUCUCCCUGGAUACAGUAAUUAUGGCAACAAACAGGCUAGGUGCUCAGACGUGGAUGAGUGUAAGGAGCAGACUGCUGAUUGCCCCAACAACUCAUCCUGUGUGAACACCCCAGGGUCCUACACCUGCAACUGCCAGUCUGGGUACAAACUAACAGAGAGCAGGUGUGAGGACAUAGAUGAGUGUAAUGUAACUGCUGGUAUCUGUGAAGGGGGAGGGACCUGUCAGAACCAGGAAGGAAGCUACAUUUGCCUCUGUCUCCCUGGAUACAGUAAUCAUGGCAACAAACAGGCUAGGUGCUCAGACAUGGAUGAGUGUAAGGAGCAGACUGCUGAUUGCCCCAACAACUCAUCCUGUGUGAACACCCCAGGGUCCUACACCUGCAUCUGCCAGUCUGGGUACAAACUAACAGAGAGCAGGUGUGAGGACAUAGAUGAGUGUAAUGCAACUGCUGGUAUCUGUGGAGAGGGAGGGACCUGUCAGAACCAGGCAGGAAGCUACAGUUGCCUCUGUCUCCCUGGAUACAGUAAUCAUGGCAACAAACAGGCGAGGUGCUCAGUACUGACAUGUGACCAGUUUAAAGGGGAUGAGACUCCUGGACAGAAUGUCCCAGGUUUAGCUGGUCUCCUGUCUCUGAUGAGGAACAGCUGUCUGGCAUUAAGUAACUCUGGAGGGAGACUGACUGGAGAUGGGUUACUGGAGAAUGUCUUCACGCAGAUAGACAGUAUCCUGUCUCAAGGUAUCCUAAGCAACAGCCGUGAGGUGAGUAGGUUCCUCGGCGCUGUGGAGGACGCCAUGAAGCUCAUAGCGCCGCAGCUCAGAGACAACCACACCACCAUGGAAACAGACCACACAGAGGCUGAGAUUGCAGUGAGGAGGGGACAGACUCCGCCCAUUGGGCCAAUCAGCCUGGCCAAUGACAACGCUCGACUGGACACCAGCUGGGAGACAGCCACUGGCAACGGGACGUACCCAGGUUUGACUCUGGCUGGGUUGGUGUGUUACAAGACAGUGGAGAGAUAUGUCAACAACUCCUUCCAGUACCUCACUGAGACAGACACAGACACAGACACAGACACAGACACGGCGUCAAAGCCUAACUACCAGAUCAGUUCCAAGGUGGUAACAGCUUUUGUCAGUAACCCAGCAACAGACCAACUCACCAAGCCUGUCAUCCUCACCUUCAAACAUCUACAGGUGAGGGCAGAGUCAUCAGAAAUGAACUAUACCUGUGUGUUCUGGCGUGUCCAUGAAAAGGACGGGGCGUGGUCAAGUCGUGGCUGUACCAAAGUCACAUCUAACGCUACAUACACCGUGUGUUCCUGUUCCCACCUUAGCAGCUUUGCUGUUCUCAUGGCCCUCUACCCUGUAAAGGAUACAUUUGAGCUGCGUCUGUUGACGUGGCUGGGUCUGUCGGUGUCUGUGGUGUGUCUGUUGCUGUGCAUCCUGACAUUCUGGCUGUGUCGGUCCAUCCAGGGGACACGCACCACCAUCCACCUCCACCUCUGUGUCUGCCUCUUCAUCGCUGACCUCGUCUUCCUCAGCGGAAUCUCUCACACACAGAGCAAGGGAGGAUGUAGGGUUGUAGCAGGUCUCCUCCACCUGUUCUUCCUAGGAUCCUUCAGUUGGAUGUUGUUAGAGGGGGUUCAGCUCUACCUCAUGGUGGUCCUGGUCUUCAACACUACCAUAAGACCUCUGUACCUGUAUGCUGUGGGAUAUGGACUGCCACUGGCUAUAGUCAUCAUCUCUGCUAUCACCUACCCAGAUGGAUACGGUACCACACAACACUGUUGGUUGUCUCUGGAGAGAGGAUUCAUCUGGAGUUUCUUCGGCCCAGUGUGCACCAUCAUCUUCCUCAACGCUUUCAUCUUCAUCAUCACUGUCUGGAGGCUGGCCCAGAAGUUCUCUAGUCUCAACCCUGACCUCUCCAACCUACACAAGAUCAAGGUGUUCACAGUGACAGCAGUGGCCCAGCUGUGUGUGUUGGGUACUAUGUGGAUAUUUGGAGUGUUCCAGUUCCAAGAGGAUGGGACAGUGGUCAUGACAUAUCUCUUCACUAUCCUCAACUCUCUACAGGGAGCACUGCUGUUCAUCAUGCACUGCCUACUGAACAAAACGGUUAGAGAGGAGUAUUGCCAGCUGCUGUCCUGUAUCUGCACACCACAGAAGAAGAGAUACUCAGAUUUCAGCACUAACAACCCUUCCUCCAGCCAAUCCCAGGGGUCAAGGCGUACCCAGAACACAGGGGAGUUGCAGACAUGAUGACAUCACCAAUCCCCCAUAAUGCACGUCUUUACUCCCCCUCCCUUUUCAGGCCUGGUUCAGUAGAAAAUGUGCCCUACGAGCCCGGCUGCUUAGUAAAAAUGUGCCCUAUCUAGAACCUUAACAGGUUCUUCGACUGUCCCGGUAGGAGAACUCUUUCAAUAACCCUUUUUGGUUCCAGGUAGAAACCUUUUUUGGAUUCCAUCUAGUUGCCUCUCCAAAAAGUUCUACCUGAAACCAAAAAGGUGCCUCUAUGCGGACAGCAGAAAAACCCCUUAGGAACCCCCUUGUCUAAGUGUGUACUAGCACAGCUGGUCAGCAGAAAAACCCCUUAGGAACCCCCUUGUCUAAGUGUGUACUAGCCCAGCUGGUCAGCAGAAAAACCCCUUUAGGAACCCCCUUGUCUAAGUGUGUACUAGCACAGCUGGUCAGCAGAAAAACCCUUUAAGGGAACCCCCUUGUCUAAGUGUGUACUAGCACAGCUGGUCAGCAGAAAAACCCCUUAGGAACCCCCUUGUCUAAGUGUGUACUAGCACAGCUGGUCAGCAGAAAAACCCUUUAAGGGAACCCCCUUGUCUAAGUGUGUACUAGCACAGCUGGUCAGCAGAAAAACCCCUUAGGAACCCCCUUGUCUAAGUGUGUACUAGCCCAGCUGGUCAGCAGAAAAACCCCUUUAGGAACCCCCUUGUCUAAGUGUGUACUAGCCCAGCUGGUCAGCAGAAAAACCCUUUAAGGGAACCCCCUUGUCUAAGUGUGUACUAGCACAGCUGGUCAGCAGAAAAACCCUUUAAGGGAACCCCCUUGUCUAAGUGUGUACUAGCCCAGCUGGUCAGCAGAAAAACCCCUUAAGGGAACCCCCUUGUCUAAGUGUGUACUAGCCCAGCUGGUCAGCAGAAAAACCCUUUAAGGGAACCCCCUUGUCUAAGUGUGUACUAGCACAGCUGGUCAGCAGAAAAACCCUUUAAGGGAACCCCCUUGUCUAAGUGUGUACUAGCCCAGCUGGUCAGCAGAAAAACCCCUUUAGGAACCCCCUUGUCUAAGUGUGUACUAGCACAGCUGGUCAGCAGAAAAACCCCUUAAGGGAACCCCCUUGUCUAAGUGUGUACUAGCCCAGCUGGUCAGCAGAAAAUGUGUCUUAAAUGUGUCUUAGCCCCAGUGAUCAGUGCUCGGAAUCCUUAAAUUCCUCCUCUGAUUAGACACUUCAUAUCAAACUUGAUGUUAACCACUGUCUUAUCAAGCAUUAGGUUAUCCAAUCAGAAGUUAAAUGAUCUUCAUGCCAUCCAAUAGGAAUCCAUAUGAUCUUUGUCAUCCAAUAGGACUCCAUAUUCUCUUUAUGUCUUCCAAUAGGAUAAGGGGGAGUAGGAAGUGACAAUGAUGCAAUGAUGUCACAGUAGUUUCAUUUUCACCGACGUAACAUUUACAUUUCAGUCAUUAAGCAGAUGUUCAUAUGCAGAGCAUCUUACAGACAGAAAAGAAAGAAGGACCAUAUGGUGUUUAUGUCAUCCAAUCAGAAGAUAUAUGAUCUUCCCGUCAUCCAAUAGGAAUCCAUAUGAUCUUCAUGUCAUCCAAUAGGAAUCCAUAUGAUCUUAAUGUCAUCCAAUCAGAAGUUAUAUCCUCUUUAUGUCAUUUUUACAGCCACAAAAGAUCAGUACUAUUUUACUGAUCUUUUAUAAACGCUUACAAACAUAUAUUUUUUUUAUAGUUCAUAAAUUGUUUGUUAUAAUGCUUAUUCGUUAUAGUUAUUAUGAAGUGUUACCAGAGUAUGAGAGGAUGGCUGGUGGGUGCUCCAGAAGGGGAUGAGAGGAUGGCUGGUGGUCCAGAAGGGGAUGAGAGGAUGGCUGGUGGUCCAGAAGGGGAUGAGAGGAUGGCUGGUGGUCCGGAAGGGGAUGAGAGGAUGGCUGGUGGUCCGGAAGGGGAUGAGAGGAUGGCUGGUGGGUGGUGGGUGGUGGGUGGUCCAGAAGGGGACUAGUUGAAUCAUUUAGAAUUUUUCAAACACCUCAAAAAGCUUUUUCCUGCAAUCUAGAGCCAAAACCAUUACGUUUAAUUCUAUGUAAAAUAUAUAUAUAUAUGUAUUUCUGCAUGUCUAAGUGUAUCUCUUGAGAUGUCUGUACCCUCCUGACUGGUGGUUAUUCUUUUUAAGAAAAUAAAAUGCUUUUCUGCAUCUCUUUUUAAAAUCUGGCUAAAAUAUUCAAUGGAAUAUGAGUCUUAUUCAUUACAUUUAGUUAUUGCUGGCUUUUUUUGCCAGCAAGCAUGUCAGCUAAGAUAGUUACCAAACUGGAUAAGCCCCUGUGUCCCCUAUGGGCAUGAUGCCUCUGACCUCUGACCUCUAUGCAUAUAAUGAGAUAAGAGUCUUAUGAGAUAAGAGUCUUUGAGUAGAACAUGGCUUCAUCAAUCACACUGCUUUUGUCCAAAAACAACGUUUAUCGACAGGUUUUUUCAGAAAUCCCAGUUGAAAGAUUCCCGGAAUCAGGAGGAAAUAAGCAGGAAAUCCGGAAUUCUCCAAUCGGGAUUUUGGGGAAAACCUGGUCAUUUGUUUGAAAGGUUAAAGAUAAUGUGAUACCCUACGGGCAUUUUCCUGGACACAGGAAGGUUUGUUUACUUCUGACCAACUGAACCCGGGUCCAGCAACUGUGAACCCAACACCUUAGUUGUUACGCCAAGAGCUCCCAACCAAGUUCAACAUCAGAACACAAAAUAUAAGCUUGUGUUACUCCAUUGUUUGUAGACAAUGUCACAUGGUUAAAAAAACAUCAUUUUGAGCUCACGGGUGUUCUUGCAUCCACAGCUCAGUCUAUUGUUUGAAAGUGGUCACAUCCCUCAGC